AGGCGGGCAGAACCUGCAACCUCGCGGCUCGUUGUCAUCCGUUAACUUAUUGUAAUCGCCGGAAAGAAGAAUAAUAAUACAGUUUUUGUCUUUUUCCCGUUUAAAAGUAAGAAAAAUAGCGAAAUGAAAAACUUAGCUGUGUCGGUUUGCCUGUUCGCCGUCCUCCUCGGUCCUUGCCUGGCCAAAAAGCCCAAAGAAAAACCAGAAUGGGCUAAAAAGGACAUUACAGACUUUACAGAUGCCGACAUGGAACGGUUGCUGGACCAGUGGGAGGAAGACGAAGAACCCUUGGAGCCUGAUGAACUCCCAGAACAUUUGCGACCUCAACCGAAGAUAGAUAUGAAUAAUAUACAAGGCAUCGACCCGGAGAACCUGCAAAAGAUGGUUAAAAAGGGCCAGACGGUGAUGUCGUUCGUCAUAGUCGAUGGUGACCCGGACCGUGACAGGACCGAUCAGCUGACCAAGCUGUGGCAGGGCAGCUUGCACAACAACCACAUCCAGGCGGAAAGGUACGUCAUCGAAGACAAUCGUGUUAUAUUCAUGUACAAGGAUGGAUCGCAGGCCUGGGAUGGCAAGGAUUUCCUGGUCCAACAGCCUGAAUGCAAAGAAGUUAUGAUAGAAGGGAAGACAUACUAUGGAAAACAUACCAAACAGUUUCAGGAAGAAAGCAAAGCUCAGAAAGAAGAAUUAUAAUCAUGAAGAAAACUUUUCUAAGAUCAAGCGAUUAAAAAAAUCAAAAUAAUGCUAUUAUGUUUAUAAUUAAUAAUUGUGCAUUAUUAUAGAAAAGUUAUUUCCGCUGAAUGAUUCAAGAAUGAUGUCCUCCACCAUAGAAUAUGUGUUAAUCUUCUGUGUGUAUGUUUGUGUGCAUGUGUGGGUCUCUUCUACAAGAUGUUGUGAUAUAGGAUAUAUUUUUGUAAGACUUUUUCCAAUUAUAUUUUUUGUUACAAUGUAUCGAAUGUAUUAAAAAAAGUGCAAAUAUA